UGCCUUGGUGGUACUUAAACUUCACCAGAUGAUGGGAUGACCUCUGCUCUCUCAGUCCUACCUCGAAGGUUACCAGAUUGAAGGUUACUUCACCAUCGCCCAACCCAACGUCAUUCUCUCUCCUUCAACCGCCCGUCUCGCAGGGCCAUUAAACACAAGUGCUCUAUCGACAUAAACCUUUAAAUUAACCCGAAACCAAAAAUAUUCUACGAAUAUCUAUAAUCCUCUCCAUAUGGAAAGCUUGGACAUCAGGUACUCUAGGUACCUCCUUGUCCUGUUAGUCCUGGUCCACCAAUGCGUCGGGCCUCCUACGAAGAACAAAGUAAAGACCGAGGAAUCGGACGAGAAGGAGAUCACCUUAAACGACCUCGGCCUCGAGUACAACCGUUAUUUGAAGGAAGUAGUCGAUACUUUGGAAUCCGAUAAAGAAUUCGCCAAAAAGCUCCAAUCUGCUAGUGAUGUCGAUUUCAGGAAUGGAAAAGUUGCUGCUGAAUUGGAAUACGUGAACCACCAUGUCAGGACCAAGCUUGACGAGCUCAAGAGGACUGAGCUUCAGCGGCUCAGGGAUUUGGUGGCCCAGCUCAACGAACAGGAACACCAGCAGAAAAGGGAAGAAAUGCACGCCCAUCUCGACCACUCGAACCCUCACACGUUCGAAGUUGCCGAUCUUCAUAACCUUAUACUCAAAGUGAGGAAAGACCUCGAUGAAGCUGACAGACUCAGGAAGGAGAACUUCAAGGAGUAUGAGCUACAGAAAGAGUUUGAAAAGGAGCAGAAACUCAAAACGAUGGACGAGAAGCACAAGGAGGAAUACCUCAAGGAAAUCGAAGAACAGAAAAAGAAACACAAACAGCAUGAACCUAUUCAUCAGCCAGGUGGAAAGGCUCAACUGGAAGAGGUAUGGGAGAAAACAGAUCAUAUGGAAAAUGUCAAAUUUGACCCAAAAGCAUUUUUCUAUAUGCAUGAUAUUGACAGCAACGGAUACUGGGAUGAAGAAGAGGUCAAGGCUUUGUUUCUAAAAGAGCUUAACAAAAUGUACACUUCAGGAUCACCCGAGGACGAUAUGAGAGAGAGGGAAGAGGAAAUGGAAAGGAUGAGAGAACACGUGUUUAACGAGGCUGAUACCAACCAUGACAGAUUGAUAUCUCUUGAGGAGUUUAUCGAACAAACGAAAAAGCAAGAGUUCCAAAGGGACGAAGGAUGGGAGACAUUGGACGAGAAACCUCAGUUCACAAGGGAGGAGUAUUUGGAGUUUGAAAAAAGAAGGCAGGCCGAAAUCAACAGCAUGAUUGAAAGAGGAUUGCUUCAGCCCUAUCCUGAUGGCAUGCAACCUAUUGAGUAUCAUCAUCCAGGUCAAGGGCAAGUACCACCAAAUGGUGUUCCACAUGUAGGACAGUAUCCUAACCAAGGGUACGUGCAGCAUCCAAACCAGGUGCCUCAAUAUCAUCCUAAUCAGAUGCCUCAUCAGCCCAACCAGAUGCCAUACCAAUCAAACCAGAUGCCGCACCAUCCCAAUCAGGUGCCUCAACACCCAAACCAGAUGCCGCACCAUCCCAAUCAGGUGCCUCAACACCCAAACCAGAUGCCGCACCAUCCCAAUCAGGUGCCUCAACACCCCAACCAGAUGCCGCACCAUCCCAAUCAGGUGCCUCAACAUCCAAACCAGAUACCGCACCACCCCAAUCAGGUGCCUCAACAGCCUUACCACACAAACCAGGUGCCGCAAUAUCCUAACCAGGUGCCAAAUCAUGUUGCUCAGAAUCACAAUCAAAACCAAAAUUACCAGCAAGCAAAUCAGCAAAACCACUAUCAAACCCAAGAACAUUACAAUCAAGUCAACCAAGGGCAACACAACAACCAGGUAAAUCAAGGACAACCGCAACAACAAGUCAAUCAGAACCAAGAGCAGCACAAUAACCAGGUAAAUCAAGGACAACCCAACUAUCAAAAUCAACCACAACAGCCACAACUCGGCCAAAUGUCUCAGGAACAUAACCAACCUUCCCAACAACAGAACCAAGUUAAUCAAAAGAAUGAGAUACCUCAGCAGCAUCAAAACCCUUCCGUAGACCAAUAUCAAAAACUCGAUCUUCAAAAGGACAAAAUAGGUAAUAAAGUGAAUUAAAAUCUUCUGCAUUCCUAAAUCCAAAAUAAUGGGUAGUGAUAAUAUAUUAUACUUUAUUUGUUACGAAAAUAUAAUACUUCAUGUGUAAUUUGAUACUGAUUAUGUAUUGAACACGUCACCUAAGAGCUUCCGUUGAUAAAUGUAUGGUGUUGAAAAGACUUAUGUGUUUCCAUGCAUAGGUAUGUGUACAUAUAUAUAUUUUUUAUUUUUCAUAUAUUUCAGUUAUAGAUUAUAUUUAAUAAGUGGAUUUCAUUCUUAUGGAACUGUAUUUCCAGGGAGAAAAUUAUUUUACAAUUUGGGAUUAACGUUUAAUAUUAAUGUCUUUACUGGCGUGUAAAGUUUGAAUGGUUACCAAAAAAAUCAAGUUUUUCAGUUAUUUUGAGCUGUUUUACUGGCUUUUGAACAACUAAAUGUAAAGACUGGAAAAUUAUUGUUUAUUGUGGAUUACUAGAAUAAAUAAAAUUUUGAUAUUUCAAAUUA